GUGCAUGUUUCAAUAAUAUCUUUAGUCUAAACAGUAGAACGGGUUGGAAAUUUCUAAACCAUUGUGCAGUUACUGCAUUGAAUCAAAAUAUUUUGAUAACGCUACCUACCAGAAGGUUGCCUCGGAAGCUUGUGCUAUUUAGUUGUGAAGUUACGGUACAUUCGCUUUCUCUGCUUUCGACGCUAAAGACCAAAGUGAUACAAUAGAGGGUUCGCAAAGUGAUUAUCGUUUGCAAUAUUUUAUUUUACAUCAGUUAACCGAAACAUUAUGCCAGUGGCUUAUCAGUAACCCUUUCAAGGAGAAUAAUUACCCACAGCUGUGCAUUACUUACUCGUGUAGUCAAUUUGUGUGAAUUAAACUAACUUACACUUGUUGUAGCUGUAGAGACUCUCUAGUGUUGGAGGCAACUUUGCGAAUACUGAAGUAACACAUACUUUAUUCUUUUGAGAAGUUUAUUCAUUUUCGCAAGCACUAGCACAAUGAGCGACGAAUUCGAUGGAUGCGAGUGCAUUUGGAGCCAUGAGUUGGCAAUGCGUCGAUUAUUGUCUCUGCUCAGAAACGGGCAAUCGCACUGUACAGAAACCGAUUGUAAUAUUGAUUUACCGAAUUUGCCGAAUCAAGGGGUAAGCGAUAAUUUUUUCAUGAUGAUGUUGUUUAUGAUCUUUGCUGUGAUAUUGUACAUGAUGCGACCGGCUUCGCUGCGCCGACGGAACGAUUUGAACAAGGCGCUUCCACCACCUUCCAAUGAUGGUCCUAAUAAUGGCGGUGCUCCACCGGCCGUCAACUGAUGAAAAAUGCAGAUCUGUUUGCUUACAAAAAACCUUUAGAAAAAAAUCGCACAUCGUGGCAAACGUAGAUUAUAACCUGUCUUACCGGAACCCAAAUUAAGUUUUCAAAUGCGUAUCACAGGUGCGACGAAUCUUUGAAAUAGCAAAAAAAAUAACUGUAGUAGAAGAAAUCAAAACAAAGCUGCAACUGUAACGCUUUCUUUUUGCCUUGCAUUCCCGUCCUACGCGUUAAAGUCACCUGAACUAUGUUUUCCUGGAAUCCACAAUCCACAUUAAUCGUACUAAGAAACAAAGGUUCAAUCUGAUUGCGAUCUUUGCGAUGAACUUUUAUUUGCAAAUCAACAAACUACAGUGAUAAUUAUUUAAAGUAUUUCAGCACUUUUUGAUGGUGACAGGUUUGAGCACGUUAUUUUUAUUUUAUUUUUUAUUAUACAGCGAUUGCUUAUUGUAUUUCGAGAGAAGAAUAUCAAGUAAAUCACAAUUAUUUAACCGUUAUCUUUAUAUAAUUUUAUUCUGUGGCAAUAUAAUUAAACAUCACCAACGCAUAAUGGUGUUCAUUUGAAAAAGACACUUUGAAACGAACGUUCUUAGUAAAAUAGCGUGUCUACCUUUCGCGAGGUACCUAUGCUUCUAGAGAAGGAACUUGCAUGGGAAAGUUUGUUUUGGUGCUUUUCUUUUCGUAAUCUAUAUCUAUACUUGUACAUGUGAAUUGUACCGAAAUGAUGAAAUAAAACGAGAAUAUCAUGCGUCGAAAA